AUGGAACAAAGAAACGUAGCAUAUUGCGUCUUGGGGGGCACUUAUGGGAUUCUGGGUUUGAUCUUAAGUAGCUUUCUCUACGCCAGGGAUGACAGCACCUUACUUUACUACUGGUGCUGGCUCUUACUGUGCCCGGUGAUGCUCUGGUUGUGGGUUGUGAGGGCAUGGUCUGCGUUCGAAAUGUUCAGGAACAUCAAGAGGUGA